AUGGCUUCAGCAACAGGAAUCCCCCAGGAUCCGAUUAUUAGCCGGGAUGAUGAGCCACUAUUGGGCCGUCCAGGCGAUGUCACACAGAAGCCAGAGGAGAGUAUUUAUCGGAAUCUCUUCACUGCGUUGGUCUGGCAGGGGGUUUUGUCCCAGCCGCUGAUGUUAUUCACCCCGCAUCCACUCCUCGGCAUUUCUGCACUGCUCCUUCAAGUCCAAGCAGCUCUGAUCUUACAACCAACCGCCACCCCGCAACAGAAGCGGACGGGCACUCGCAUCCACUACUUACUCCAACUGCUGAGUGUGGUGCUUUUUGUAUCGGCCUUUGUGAUCAUCGAGGUGAACAAGGGCUCUCACCCGCACUUUGUUUCUCCUCACGGUAUUCUCGGCCUCAUCACUUAUAUCGCUAUUGUGCUACAAGCCUUGGUCGGGGUCGUCCAGUACUUUGUGCCCGUUACGGUGCUCGGUAGUGUCGACGCCGGGAAGCGCAUUUAUAAGUACCAUCGCUGGAGCGGCUAUGUUUUGCUAUUGCUGGAGAUGGCGACUGUCGUGGCGGCGACGCAGACCACGUUCAACGUGAAUGCGAUCCAUAUUCCCCUAUGGGGGGUACUUAUUACUGCUGUCUUGAUUCUCGCCGGGGUGGGAGCGAGAAUCAAGAAGCAUAAGUUGGGGCUGUGA